ACUGGAGGCUUUGGUGGCGCUUGGCCGCUUGCGCAGGCGGCGGGCUGCGAGCCGGGGAGGAGGCGGACGAGCGGAGCGGAGGGGAGGCUGUCAGUGGGUGGAGGUGGCGCCCACCGAAUUCGGAUCUGGGCAUGGAGAUGGAGGGAGCGAGGGAGGCGUCGUCGUGUGGUGCGGUGACGUGAGUGCGUCCAAGCUUUGGGCACGUGCCGCGGGGCGCUUUUUUGCUAGCCCGGGACCAGGCCGGCGCGGGCCACGGAUUGGUGGUUGCCGGGUUGGGCUGCCACUGGGAUGGGAUGGCCGGACGCCCGGGUCCCGACGCCGGCCGGACGGAAGACGCUGCGCGCGGCGUGGCGCCGGUGGGAGAGAGGCGACACCGCGAGAGGGACUCCACGCCAACUGGACCCGACGGUCGAAGUCAGUGGCGACGGGCCCGUAGCCGCACAAAACAGCACCAAGUCAUCAUACGCCGCCAUGAGCAUGCGCAGCUGGCCACCACCACGAGGACCUCCCGCAGGAAUAGCGUCGGUGCCUCAUCCUCUGACAGGUGACCCAAUAAAGCAAGGUCGGCAUCGUGGUGCGGCCAACGAUGGUCUAGGGCUGGAUGUGCUCAAGGGUGGUGACUCUAUGGGCGGCUAGACAUUGUCUCGUGUGCAAACAAUACGAGCUAAGAACAAGCUGGCCUAGGAACAAACCUCGCUGAUUAGCCAGCUUGGAACGAGCUGACAAGUUCCUCAGACGCCUAUCUUGCUGGUCACACGGCAUCAUGCCACUACUCCCUCGGGCACCCUGUCUCGCAUUGGCUCCUCCUCGCGUGAGUCACGCUAUCUCACUCACAACAUCCUCACACCUGGAUGCACCACGCCUCCUCCAUGCUAGGCCAUGUAGUUGCCCUUCCUCACCAUGUUGCACAGCCUCCCCGUUGUAGGUCCUCUGUCGUGGCCUUCUUAUCGGACCACCGUCUUGCGUCACUCCUCAAGAAGGGCACUCACAAUGUAAGACUAUAUCACAGAGUCCAAGACAACUAAUUACAUAUUAUUUAUGGUA